CAGCGACGCAGUAGCCCCCAACAUCAUUUUUUCUGUCAAGAACGCCAACAUGGCAAACGAACAAGUGGUCCGCCUGCUCUCGUCGGAGGGAGAAUCGUUCGAAGUGCCUCUGGAAGUGGCCAAGAUCAGCAAGCUCAUCAAGGAACAAGUGGAGGACGGCGUGGAAGAUGAACAGGAGUUCCCUCUCCCCAACGUCAAGACCAGUGUGUUGGUCAAGGUCGUAGAGUUCAUCAAGUACCAUCAUGUCAACCCGAUGAAGGACAUUCCAAAGCCCAUCGUGACAUCGUUCGAAGAAGUGGUCGAAAAGUGGGAUCUCGAAUUCAUCAACCAGCCAUACGAGAUGAUCUUUGAGCUCAUCUUGGCUGCCAACUACCUCGACAUCAAGCCGUUGUUGGAACUGGCGUGUGCAAAGGUAUCUGGCAUUAUCUUUGGCAAGACGCCCGACCAAAUCCGCGAAAUUUUUGGCAUUGAACAACCGUUCACCCCCGAAGAAGAAAAGUUCAUCCGCGACGAGAACAAGUGGCCCGAGUCGGGUUAAGCCAGAGCUACCUCAACAGUCGAAUGUCCUCCCCAAGUUAGCGGCGAAACGCGACCGAAAUGGCCUUAAUAAUAUAUGGAUGGUUUCGUCA